AUGGAGGAAAAUCAGACAAUGGUCACAGAGUUUGUCCUGCUGGGAUUCUGCCUUGGCCCAAAGAUUCACCAAAUUCUUUUUGCAUCUUUCUCACUCUUCUAUGCCUUCACUUUGCUGGGGAAUGGGGUCAUCCUUGGAAUAAUCUGUGGAGACUCCAGACUCCACAGCCCCAUGUACUUCUUCCUCUGUCAUCUGGCCAUCGUUGACAUUGCCUAUGCCUGCAACACUGUGCCCCAGAUGCUAGUGAACCUUCUAGAUCCAUCCAAGCCUAUUUCCUUUGCUGGAUGCAUGACGCAGACCUUCCUCUUCAUGGCUUUUGCACACACAGAAUGUCUCCUCCUCGUGGUGAUGUCCUAUGAUUGGUAUGUGGCCAUCUGCCACCCACUGAGAUAUUCUUCCAUCAUGAGCUGGAGAGACUGUGUUGCUCUGGUUAUCACAUCCUGGACAUGUGGCUCCCUCCUUAGUAUGGUUCAUAUGAGCCUCAUCCUGAGGCUGCCCUUCUGUGGACCUCAUGAAAUCAAUCACUUCUUCUGUGAAAUCCUGUCUGUCCUCAAGCUGGCCUGUGCUGACACAACACUCAACAAAGUCGUCAUCUUUGCAGCUUCUGUGUUCAUCUUAGUGGGACCCUUAUGCUUGGUGCUGGUCUCCUACACACGCAUCCUGGUGUCUGUUCUGAGGAUGCAGUCAGGGGAUGGUCGCAGAAAGGCCUUUUCUACCUGCUUUUCCCACCUCUGUGUGGUUGGGCUCUUCUUUGGCAGUGCCAUCGUCAUGUACAUGGCCCCUAAGUCCCAGCACCCUGAGGAGCAGCAGAAAAUCCUUUUCCUAUUUUACAGUUUUUUCAACCCCAUGCUGAACCCCAUGAUCUACAGCCUGAGGAAUGCUGAGGUCAAGGGUGCUCUCAGAAGGGCACUGUGCAAAGAAACUCAUUCCCAGUUGGUAUGA